GGUAUUAAGAAAUACAUCAUCAUUCAAGAAUACAUUUUCCUUUAAAACUCUAUUCAUCUACCAUAACAAAACUAGCGCCGUGAGUAAAAAUGAUUAUGUUUCUCUUCUUCUUGUUUCUUGCUCCACAUAAUACUUAUUCCAAUUCCCAGCCUUGCUUUUCUUCCUCCUGUGGAAAAAUUACCAACAUAACCUAUCCCUUCAGACUAAAACAAGACCCAGAACACUGUGGGAACAAUAGGUACGAGUUGGAUUGUGUGAACAACGUUACUGUAUUGAGUUUAUAUGAUGGUUACUAUUUUGUAGAAUCGAUAAAUUACAACAAUUACACAAUCCGAGUUGUUGACCCAAACAUUCAACCCACCAAUUGCUCCUCUCUCCCUCGCUUCUUCUUAUCCCAAAACAACUUUACUUAUUACAAUGAUUCAGUGCAAAGUUACCUUCCCAAAGAAAAUAAUUCAUAUCAGUACUUCUUAAAUCGAAAUGAUUACUAUGAAUUUAAAUUAUCUAGGCCAGUAAUUUACAUGAAGUGUACAAGUCCACCUAGUAAGGUUGUGGAAAAAUACUAUGCCGAUACAACUUCAUGCUUGGAUCAACACACAUACGCCAUUGUUGGGGACCCACCCUUUAAAGUUUUGGAGCCCCAAUGCCGUGUUAAGUUUGUUACCCUCACAUCCUUCUGGUUCUGGGGUGAUUUAUAUACUUACGAUGAAAACAUGUUAGAAAACAUUUCAUAUAUUGAUAUUCACAAAGGGCUACAAUAUGGAUUUGAAAUUUCAUGGAUGAAAGCCUCUUGUCCUUGUGAUGAAUGCUUGCUCAAUGAUACCAUCAACAAGAUUCAAUGUUUCGAAGGCAGUUGUCCAUUUGACUCUUGCGGAGCUUGGGCAGACAAGGUCCGCCUAAUGUAUGAUUACGUUGCUGGCAUCUACGAAGGACUUCGGGAGCUCACAGGCAUGGAUAAGAUAAUCAUAUAUAAGUCCAGUAUUAAUGUAUAUAGAGCGGGAAUAGUUACAGGAAGGUAUAUUUUGCCAUACCUUGCACCUAGAACUAUAUUGGGCAUCAUAAUUUUCUCCGUGUUUUUGAUCUAUACAUAUCGAAGAAGACAUGAAUCAAUAUAUGAAAAUAUUGAAGAUUUUCUACAAAGUAAUACUCUCAUGCCAAUAAGGUAUUCAUACAAAGAGAUAAAACAAAUGACAAAAAAUUUCAAGGUAAAAUUGGGCGAAGGAGGUUAUGGAGAUGUGUAUAGAGGAAACCUAAUAAGUGGUCCAUUUGUAGCCAUUAAGAUGUUGAAGAUAAAAUCAAAAACUAAUGGGCAAGAAUUCAUGAGUGAAGUUACUACUUUAGGAAGAAUAUACCAUUCAAAUGUGGUACGACUUGUUGGAUUUUGCGUUGAAGGAUCAAAACGUGCUCUUGUAUAUGAGUACAUGCCCAAUGGCUCUCUUGAUAAAUAUAUUUUCAACAAAGACGGAGUUAUAUCUUUAACUCACGACCAAGUAUAUGAUAUAUCUCUAGGAGUAGCACGUGGAAUUUCUUAUCUCCAUCAAGGUUGUGAUAUGCAAAUUUUGCAUUUUGAUAUUAAGCCUCAUAACAUUCUUCUUGAUGCAAAUUUCAUCCCAAAAAUUUCAGACUUUGGUCUUGCAAAGCUCUAUCCUAUCAACAAUAGUAUUGCCACUUUGACAGCAGCAAGAGGAACAAUCGGGUACAUGGCUCCAGAAUUGUUCUAUCAAAACAUUGGGGGAAUAUCAUAUAAGGCCGACGUGUAUAGCUUUGGAAUGCUUUUGAUUGAAAUGGCUAGUAGGAGAAGAAAUUUGAAUUCACAUGCGGAGAAUUCAAGUCAACUCUACUUUCCAUUUUGGAUUUAUGAUCAAUUGGUCAAAAAAGGGGAAAGAGAAAUGGAAGAUUUCAUCAUGGAGGAAUUUAACGAUGUUUUGAAAAAAAUGUUCCUCAUUGCACUUUGGUGUAUACAGUUGAAACCCAUUGAUCGCCCUUCAAUGGACAAAGUAGUGGAAAUGCUUGAAAAUGUUCUUGAAAAUAUUGAAAUGCCUCCAAAGCCUGUCCUAUAUCCACAUGAAACAAUUCAUGAGAAUCUUGAUACCACUUCAAAUGAAACUGAAUCAGAUACUGGUUCUACCAGUUAUGUUGAGGAAAUUACAACCACUCCUCUAUUGAUGUUUUCGGCUUGAUAAUUCAAAUUGAUUAAAUAUGUAUAACAUUUGUGUUGUUAGUUUGUGUUUUUAAAAUAUGAAAUAUGAAUUUGUGAUUUUAGUUACUUAAAAAAUGUAAUUAUUGCAUGUAUAAUGUUUAUAAUCAAUACUUAUAUUUUCCACAAUGAUAUAUGACCUAAUCAUUUGUCUAACAUGUAUAUUUGUCAUUUAGUUUCCUUUUUUUAGUUAGAGCUGUUUAAAAGUUAAUAUCUUAAUAAUUCUAAUAUGUUGUUUUUAAUGGAAACAGAGAGAAAAGAACCAUCAUUGUUUCAUCUUUAAAAGAUGGAAGGUUUAGAUGGCAUAAUUGAUGUUAAAUAUAAUGUAGAGCAUGUAACGUCCAAUUUUCACCUCUUACAUGCUAAUGUUUGCACUAGGCCUUAUGUUAUAUUUGUGUGUGAAUCGGAGGUGUUUUUGUAUUGGAUAGAAAGAAAUUAAGUGUCUUUAAGGAAUAUAAAGAAUUACAUGCAAUGUAAUAAAAGAAAAUUAAAUUUUGAUUAGACAAAUUCUCUA